AUGUGCCGUCUAAAAAUUGCCGCUGUAAUUACCACUGCCAUCACUGUUGCCAUUGACACCACCUCCAUUGUUGUUGCCAUUACCCCAAGUUCCUGGGCCGCCGUCCUUAUCAUCCAUGCCUCUUGGACCGUUCCCGCUAUGGUUCCCACUGCCGCCACUGUUCCCAUUCACACCGCCACCAUUGUUGUUCCCAUUGCCCCAAACUGGACCACCAUCUUUAUCAUCUACGGCCCUGCGACCGUUUCCGCUAUAAUUGCCACUACCGCCGCUAUUCCCGUUAACACCACCACUAUUGCCAUUUCCAUUGCCCCAGGUUCCUGGCCCACCAUCUUUGUCAUCCACCCCCUUCUACCAUUCCCGCUGUUGUUUCCACUACCCCCACUGUUCCCAUUGACACCACCACCAUUGCCAUUGCCGUUACCCCAAGUUGUAGGAGAGUUAUUGUUAUUAUUGCUGACCACUGCUGAAAUAUCCGUAUCACAGGCUAAGAAUAAGCACCCGACUGAUACAUUUUGGAAUAAAAAACCUGCGAAAGGGGGCCAUAGGAAGUCUCUUACAUGCACUGGAAAUGUUGUUCUGGGGGACCGGCGCAGCUUGGCCAAGAGCCAAUAG